AUGGCAGCUCCUCUGCCUCUCAUUUUCAGGAACCCUCCUCUCCGGCUCUGCACUCACCAUCUUCUCUACCCUCCUCUUUCCAUAGCCAAAACCUCAACCAAACCCUUCUCUCUAAUUUCCUACUCUCCCACCAACACCAGGUCCUUUCCCAUCCUUAAUUCCACUCAGAUGGAAGGGGAUGAAAUUAUAGAGGAAAUUACUGAGACAACUCAAACCAAUGUAGUUGGGAAGAAGAAAAUUUUUGUAGCUGGUGCCACUGGAAAUACUGGUAAAAGAAUUGUUGAGCAGCUACUGGCUAAGGGGUUUGCAGUUAAAGCUGGAGUUCGAAACGUGGAGAAAGCCAAAGCUAGCCUUCCCCAAGACAACCCAGCUCUUCAAAUUGUGAAAGCAGAUGUGACAGAGGGUUCUGCCAAGCUAGCAGAAGCAAUAAGUGAUGAUUCGGAAGCAGUAAUUUGUGCCACAGGAUUUAGCUAUGGAUGGGAUUUGUUUGCUCCAUGGAAGGUUGAUAAUUUUGGCACAGUCAACCUUGUUGAAGCGUGCCGUAAACUUGGUGUGAACAGAUUUAUUCUUGUCAGUUCCAUCUUAGUCAACGGAGCAGCAAUGGGGCAGAUUCUCAAUCCAGCUUACAUAUUCCUUAAUGUUUUUGGACUGACCUUAAUAGCAAAGCUUCAGGCAGAGCAAUAUAUCAGGAAAUCUGGUAUAAACUAUACAAUAAUAAGGCCUGGGGGGUUGAAAAAUGAUCCUCCCACAGGAAACCUUGUGAUGGAGCCAGAGGACACUCUUUCUGAUGGCAGUAUCUCCAGAGAUCUGGUUGCAGAAGUAGCUAUAGAGGCAUUAGUAAAUCCAGAAGCAUCUUACAAGGUUGUGGAGAUUGUUUCGCGUCCUGAUGCCCCGAAGCGUUCGUAUGAGGAUCUUUUCGGCUCCAUCAAGCAACGGUGA